GAGGCGCGAGGAUGGAGAAGGACCCGGAUGCUGAUGCGAGCGAUGCGAAGGAAGGAAGAAGCGAGAGAAAUCAUCGAUUUACGGCAAGAAAGCCGAAACGAGUGUGAUACAACAGGGCGUACAGACCCCUUAAACUAUCACUGGGAGCGAAAGUGAUCGAUAUUAGCGCGGGGAUAUUUUUGUGUGCACCUGUGUGUUCUGCUGAAGAGGACAAGAUGCUGUGAUAUCGGCUCGUGCUACUCUCAGGGAUGUAGAGCCGAGUGCUUGGCAGGCAGACAAGGAGGGGAGGAGGACUUUACACGACGCUGGAAUGAUUUUUUCGCCACCUAUUGAGGGAAUGAGGCGUCCGUCGCCCGACAAGUGUACACGUUUCUCGGAGGCGAACAACUUGAGGCGGUGUUGCUUCUUUUGACAGGCGGCCGCUGGGUUAAAUCGCCGAAGCUAAAGCUAGCCUCGCUGCUGUGUGGGAGAGCGGCGGCGAGGCUACACUACUAGCAUGUUGUUGCACCUGUAAGCAGACAAAAAAUAGGCCUGACAGGAAGAUAAAUAUUUACCAAUGCUGCGACACAUCUGCUUUGAUGGUUCAAUGUCAUACUUCUAAAGAUACAGUAUGAUAGUGAAAGAUAAGAUUAUAGCUAUCGUCAACGCAAUGGAAAGAUACUAGCUAUACAAAUAAGCCAAUGUUCAACUAAUUAGUUUGCCAUGUUUACAUUAAUGCCUGUGUUGUAUCCGUCAGUCCGCUUUUAUCCAUCACUACUGAGCUGUUAACAAGUAAAAGUGCAAGUAGUCAGGUUUAAAUGAAGAUGAUAUAUUUCUCUCCAUAUUCACAGAGUAUCUCCAGAUAUGACAAUAACGUCUGGGUAAGAUCACAGUAAUCGCGAUAAUAGCUGUAGUGUAGGGCGCCUCAAGUCAGAGCAGUAUGAGUAAGGAGCUGUCUCUGAGCCAGUCCGCUCAAUAUGUCGGGCCCUAUCGACUGGAAAAAACGCUGGGAAAGGGGCAGACAGGACUGGUCAAGCUGGGCGUCCACUGCAUCACAGGUCAAAAGGUCGCCAUUAAAAUAGUCAACCGGGAGAAGCUGUCUGAGUCGGUUUUGAUGAAGGUUGAGAGGGAGAUCGCCAUCCUGAAACUGAUUGAGCAUCCUCACGUGUUGAAGCUGCACGAUGUUUACGAGAAUAACAAGUACCUAUACCUGGUAUUGGAACAUGUGUCAGGAGGAGAGCUGUUUGACUACCUGGUAAAAAAAGGCCGCCUGACUCCCAAAGAAGCCAGAAAGUUCUUCAGGCAGAUCAUCUCUGCUCUGGACUUCUGCCACAGUCACUCCAUCUGCCACAGAGACCUGAAGCCUGAGAACCUGCUGCUGGAUGAGAAGAACAACAUCCGUAUCGCUGACUUUGGCAUGGCGUCCCUCCAGGUGGGAGACAGUCUGUUGGAGACCAGCUGUGGAUCACCACAUUAUGCUUGCCCUGAAGUCAUACGAGGAGAGAAGUAUGAUGGAAGGAGAGCAGAUGUAUGGAGCUGUGGUGUCAUUCUUUUUGCUCUGCUGGUGGGGGCCCUCCCCUUUGAUCAUGACAAUUUACGCCAGCUCCUGGAGAAAGUCAAGAGUGGCGUGUUCCACAUGCCACACUUUAUACCCCCGGACUGCCAGUCCCUGCUCAGGGGCAUGAUUGAGGUCAACCCUGAAAAGCGACUCACGCUUGAUACUAUUCAGAAACAUGCCUGGUAUCUGGGUGGUCGUAAUGAGCCUUGUCCCGAGCAGCCUCCUCCCAGAAGAGUGUGUGUGAGGCGAAUCUUAUCCCUGACUGAGCUGGACCCAGAUGUGCUGGACAGCAUGCACUCGCUGGGCUGUUUCAGAGACCGGGUCAAGCUCACACGUGAUUUGCAAUGUGAAGAAGAAAACCAGGAGAAGAUGAUUUAUUAUCUCCUGCUGGACAGAAAAGAGCGCUACCCAAGCUAUGAGGAUGAGGACUUGCCUCCACGCAAUGAUGCCGAUCCUCCUCGAAAGCGUGUUGACUCUCCCAUGCUAACGCGACAUGGACGCUGCCGCCCAGAGAGGAAGAGCCUGGAGGUGCUUAGUGUCACUGAACAGGGGUCUCCCACACCUCCACGCAGGGCCCUGGACACCGCACACAGCCAGAGGUCUCGCUCAGUGAGUGGAGCUUCCACUGGUCUCUCCUCCAGCCCUCUCAGUAGUCCCAGGUCCUAUCAAAGCCCCAUCUUCACUUUCAGCCAAUCAGAGGUCACCUCUGCUGCUGCUACCCCCCAAACAAAGGAGCCCAAACAAGGAAGCACCACGACACCUCGCUCAGCACGGGCUCUCAACAAGCCCAAAGCUCCCCCCCAUCCAAAGACCCAGACCCUGCCCAUCAAGGGACCCGCCGAACGGCCUCACCUCCAGACCAUCAAAUCCCUGCCUCUGCACAACCCAUCCUCCCGCUCACCCUCCCCUUCUCCGCUUCUCUCACCCAUCCCCCGUUUCUUCUUUCCUUCGUCAUCUGUCCUAAAGUCCGUGACUAAGAGCUUGUACCCAAACUCUGCCCACUCUGUGCCACAGGUCACACCCCAGGGCUCUCCGUUGCCCACGCCCUUGGGCACCCCUGUCCACCACCCUCACCACCCUUCCUCCACCCCGCCCUCCUCCUCCUCCUCCUCCUCCUCCUCGCGGGCAGAGGGAGGGUGCGGGGUGGGCUCUCUAUCACUGACCCCGCCCUCCAGCCCAGGAGGGGGAAGCGGGAUAGCGUCCAGCAGCUCCGCCCAUUGGAGGACGCGCCUCAAUUCUUUUAAGAACAACUUGCUGGGCUCACCUCGGUUUCAUCGCCGCAAACUGCAAGUUCCAACAUCAGAAGACAUGUCCAGUUUAACACCAGAGUCUAGCCCUGAGCUGGCUAAGAAGUCGUGGUUUGGCAACUUCAUUAGCCUGGAGAAAGAGGAGCAGAUCUUUGUGGUGAUCAGAGACAAACCUUUGAGUUCUGUCAAAGCUGACAUCGUCCACGCCUUCCUGUCUAUCCCGUCGCUCAGUCACAGCGUCAUCUCCCAGACAAGCUUCAGGGCCGAAUACAAGUCCUCCGGCGGCCCUUCCGUCUUCCAGAAGCCCGUCAAGUUCCAGGUGGAUAUUGCUUUCUCCGAGGGCGAGAGGGAGCGAGACCGGGAGAGGACCGAGAGGGAGGGCAAGAGGGAGACAGGAAUCUACAGUGUGACGUUCACCCUCAUAUCAGGUCCAAGUCGCAGGUUCAGACGAGUGGUGGAAACGAUUCAAGCCCAGCUUCUCAGCUCCCAUGAUCAACCCCUGGUGCAAGCCCUAUCUGAUCCCUUCCCAGAUGAGAAGAACAGCCGACCCCACAGGACCCCCACCCGCCAAAACUCGAGGCGCUCAGAGGGUGGGGGCGACAGGUGCGAGUGGGGCGACCGAGCAGAUGGCGGAGGCAUAGGAGGCAGUGGGGGAGUUCUGCAGCGCAGAGGCUCAGCAAAAGAGAGAACCCGACUGCUGUCCACCAAUGGAACCCAAUCACAACCGUAGGUUAGAAAUUGAACCCACACAGCAGGAUGCCCGACCAACACCAAGACUCUUUUAACUUCAUCUCCCAGCAUCCCUGCGAGCCACAAGCUCCUGCUAUUCUUUCUUGGCUAAGUGGAGGUGCUAGAUAUUAGCAAGGAUUGAGCCUUCCCGUCCAUCCUGCUUAUGUUUUUAACAAUUGUCUUGAUCCUUUUGGAGUGCCUGGAUUCCAACCCUGAAAUUGAAAAAGAUGGGCUCACCCUUUAAUGACAACAUAAUAUGUGAACGAGUAGUUCGGUAUCCAUCGUAGAUACAGCUUCUCAAAAUCCAAGCUAGGAAUUUUGAAGUGCUAAUGUGCAUGCCAGUUACCAAAUCAGCUUGCUAAAGGAUGCUGAUAUGACCCGAUAGCAUUGUACUCCAGCAUCUGAUACCAAAAAGAAUUAAGUUUGUUGUGGCGGCUCUCACUCCUAAAAUUAACCAGUGUGUGUUCAUGUCACUCUCAGGCAACAAGCAACUACUAGUCCAUACUGAAAGACACGCUGCUGUACCGUAUGUCAGCAGCAAAUGAAACUGGAGCGUUAGCAUCCUUCUCACCGAGUGGGCUUGAGCUGAUCUUCUUAGGAAGACAGCGUCCUACACUGACUCAAACAAAGCCAACCAAGUAAGCUAAGUAAGUGAAUGUGAAAAAUAUAUUUAGAUUUAGUUCUUAUUUUUUUCCUUUGAGGACAUACACUGAUAGCAGCAAAGACAGAACAUGCUGGAAAGAAGAAGCAGCCUGGUUAUUUUACCUUUUUAUUUUUUGCUAUUUCCAUUCAGAGACAUGAUGCAUAUUCCAUUUUUGCAUUGGACUCCUGUUGCUCUGAGGAAAUCUUUUCUUUAAAUUUCAACAGAAAUAUGAACGUACUCUAUGGAGAGAGAAAAAAACACUAUGUGUGAAUAUUUCCUUGAACCUCAUCACAGCUGUUUGUCCUACAUUGAAAGAGAAUGACAGCCCUGGCCUCUAUUGUCAAGCUUGCUUACUGAGUAUUCCCAUGAAGGACACACAACAGGAUAUUCAACUAUCGGCUCACUGUAUCACAUUCCUGCUUGAGCUGGACUUUGGAAAGAGGAGAAGCAAGCAAUGCUUUUCCUAACACAGCGUUUAUAGUCAUCACAGCGACUCAUACAUUCAUGUAGUAUUACUCAAGUACUCUAUUAGACUAGCUGAUACUCAUCACUGUCUUCCAUAUAGCGCAAUAUGCAACAAAUGUGCAGGAUGUUGUCCAAGGAGUGCUAAUUUAUGAGUUUUGUUUUUUUGUUUUGCAUAUUUAUUCAUUUAUACAGCCAUCUAUUUAUUAACUUUAUUUAUUUGCAAAGAUAUGCCAACAAGAGACAUUUUCCAUAAAAUGUUAUUUAUUUCUAUUGGCUGGCGACCAGUCAACCCGCCGCUCGUCCGAAGUCAGCAGAGAAAUUUAGAGUAACUAAGUGACAAAAUGUGAUGACGUCAUAUAAAUUUAAUCAUUAAAAAUAAUCGUCAGAAACUAACUGUCAAAAUAUGAUUGAUGACUUGACACAUCAGAUGACAUCAUUUUUUUAAACUGUGAGUAGAGAGGUCUUAGAGGGCUGCGGAAGGGGAGGGGGGUGUGGGCGAGAUUCUUGGGGGCUGAUGUGUGUGUGUGUGUGUGUGUGUGACUCUUGAGUGUGUGGGUGUGUGCGGUAUAUAUUAUGAAUAAGGUGGGCCUCGUUUUCCCACGGGAGAAGACAAUGUGCUUGUAGUUUUAAAAAACAUAUCUGAUGGGGGUGUUUUUUAGGAAACUAUAAUCAAUAGCGGGGGCCUCAUGGUUCACAUGAGAUCGUUUUAAUACUCGCGCCAUUUUUGUGGGAGACACCUCUCACUGGCU